AGCACCGGGCCGCGCGGUGCUGUCACAGGGCUCCGGCGCUGAUCCCAAACCGCGUCUGUAAGACACGUCUGUUGGGCUCUGAGCUUCUUCCACAGUGUAGUUUCGUGCUGUUAUUUCUGUUCCAAAUCUCAUUCACCAAGCAGAAUAAUUUUGCUGCGCCCUUCAAGUUUCACAUCGUGCCCAAAACCCGUUUUUGGUAUAGAAGCACGAGGUGCUGCCUCUGCCACACCUCACCACUCAGAUAUCCAGCAUACGGCCAUUGGGGGACGGUAACGCCUCGUGAGUAAUAGCUGAGCAAUAAUGCGCAGCAAUGGCAGGGCGAACUGGAUGUUAUGCUCAGUAAGGGGUAUCUGGAAUGCAGGCACUGUGGGCUCAGCACGGCCAUGCCCUGCCCCUCGCAUUCAGCAUCUGUGUCUGCGCGUGCUAGCCGCUCCCCCGGCCCUUUGUCUCUCUCUUCUUGACGAUAGUGCUGCUGUGGGGAAAAAUAGAGGGAAAGAACAACAGGAUAUUGUCCGCUUCUGGCCCCUGUGCCAACAGUGACAAAAUGUUGUUUUCUCUGCGGUGUCGGGAUUCUGGUUGGCUUUUAUUACUCACGGGUGCGCCCAAAUGCGUGAAGAUGUGUUUUUAAAUUCUUGCAGUUACUGUGGAAACCUUGAGUCCCUGGGAGGAAGGUGGUGCCCCGUGUCUGCAGGCGGACGUUCCUGCUCUGGAGGAUGACCCCCUGACCUGCGCAGAGGAAAAGAGGAGCUCAGCUGUGGAGCACAACAGGAAGGCGUGCGGUGCUGCGGUUUGCUGGGAUGACACCUGCAGAGCUGCCGCAGGCGUGGAAGUGAGCCACGGGCUGUGUGGUAGUGCUGAGGGAGCUGCGCUGCUGCACGAAUCUCCUGCCAAACCACAGUGCCGUUCUGGCUCCCAUUCCCUUUUCUGACACCUGUAGUGAGUCUGAAGCACGCUGCAACACAGACUUCUGCGGCAAGUUCUGAAGUGAAGAGGGCACGGAGCAGCACUGAAUAAGCCCUUUUAGCCAUCAGGAUUGCAGGCCAGGGACACGAGCUGCAACUGCACCGAGGCUGCCAAGCCAGGAGCUGGCUGCACACCGGCACUUGAAGGAGGACGAGCAGUGGGACGCCUUUGGGGCACAGGUAUAUCUGUCAGGUACUGUGUGUGAUCUUUACCUGUGGAUCUACAGAAGCGAUUCCUUCCUAAACUCACUUCAGAGAAAUAAUUCAAUAACAAGACCUUACAACCUACUGAAAAGAUACAAUGACUGAGUUCCUGGUUUGUUUUAACUGGUGCAACGGUGAGCAGCCCCAGCCGAAGAGGCGUCAGCGAUUGGACCGGAACAUGAUAGGAGAACCAAUGAACUUUGUUCACAAUGCACAUGUGGGGAUAAGAGAGAUGAGUAGUGACUUUUCAUCAGCUGUAUCAAUUCAGGACCACAUGAAGUCUAAAGGUGGCUACACAAAUGGCACUUCUACAGCUGCUGAGCUAUAGGAAAUUGAAAGAAGGCUGACAUCUGCUCUGUCUUACAAAAGUCUUCUGGACUGUGCUUUCAGAUUCACUAAAACCUCUUUAUCAUGGAGUAUAGCGAGUACUUAAAUUAUAAUAGGUCAGUGCAAGCUUUUGCAUUCUUUGCACAAUAGCUUCUGAAGGAGUUACUGGAAAUUAUCCUUAAUGUGUUCCAUGAUGGCGGUGCUGUAGUAGCAACUGUAGUUUGUUACUGUGGAUGACUUCCUAGCUGUGUCCCAAAAACCUCAAAGUUGUCUUGUAGGAGGGGAUAGGAAGGUUAUUUGAAUCGACUGGGGUUUUGGUUUGUUUUUCUCUUCUCUUCAAGAAAUGCAAAGAUUGAUUUUAUUUGAAAGACAAGAUGUUUGCACUUCUUAUGUGAGAUAAAUUGAAUUUCUAGGUAGGAUCUCAUAGCCUGCAAUACAACUUUUGACCUAAUUUUUUGAUGGUUUACAACCUGAGGCAUAAUUCUACUGAGCAGUAAUUUGGAGGUUUUUUUUGUUUCUUUGUUUUAUUUCUCCAAGGCUUUUGAUAGUGAACAAACUCUAGUUUAGUCUGCAAAAACCAGUGAAACUUCUGUCUUCUGUGAUUAAGCUUUUGUAGCUAAAAAAUGCAAGUUUUGCAGACUGACCCACUCAGGAAAACAAGUGUUUCUCUCAGCUACUCCCCUCCAUAGUGUAACUGAUGGGUGUUAAUGCAACAAUGCUAAUAACAAUAUACUCACAACUGCAUGCUAAUUUUGCACAACCCCUGUUGAAUUUUAAAUAAAACCUACUCUAAGAUCACUCUCUAUUAUAACCUAUCCAUAGCAAUAGCUUUACAGAACUUGAAGAGGUAUCUCCAGAUUCUGCCUUCUUAAUUUCAACAUUUUUUCCUUGGAUGAAGUCUUUCUUAUACAUGGUUUUUACUUAAAGUAUGGUUUAAGUGACAGAGACAGGAGAAUAUUACAUGGAAACUGCCUAUUACAGACUUCCAGCACUUCAUAAAUACAGAUAUUUAGACAUACCCAAACUACAGUUUUUCACUUAGUUCUUAAUAGUAUUUAUUUUAAGUGAUAUGCUAAAACUACUGAAAUAGAGCUAGAUUUCUCUCUUAUCCAAUCACUGACAGCUGCUCUCUGACAAAAUUAUGAGUGAGUAUUGGUGUAGAGACUUUGAAAUUUGCUUGCUGUCAUAACUAGAUACAUUAACUAGAUACAAGUAUUUAAAUUUCUCACAAUCCUCACCAGUUAUACCGUAAGUUACUGGAACUCUUCCCUUCUUGCUCUAGGCUUAAGGUCAGUUAUCAACCUUUUUUCAUUAAAAAUAAAAUAUCUGCCAGCUACAUUUUCUUGUAAGGGAGAUUUUUAACUAGUAAGAUUCUGUUUACAGCUCAUGAUACUUCUUAAGUCUGAAUGCUUGGCUUUGCUGAAGUUCUGCACUGCAAAGCAUGUAAUACAGUAUAUUAGGGAAGUCAGAACAUGAAAGGUAGUUCUGUGUUUCUGUGUGUGUUCUCAAAAGAAACUUUUUCCCCAUGCUUCCUUCCCAUAUUUCAUCUUUAAGGACUAAAGAGGAAGAGAAUGUUACUCUCCUUAAUAGUCAACAGCUGAUGGUCACAUUCAACCACAUCAAAAAGAAUUUUAAUAUCCAUGUCUUGCUACAUCCUUACUUUUGAACUAGAAUACAUGUGAUAUUUUAAUAGUAUUUAAAAUCAGAGUGUUAACCAUAAAUGUAGCUUUUUAAACACUUUCAUAUUUCUGACUUCUAACCUCAGACUUAUUCCAGCAACCUAAUUAGGAUGCAGAGUUCAAAGAAGCAAAAUUCUGUAUACUGUUGAGAAAGCAUAAAGUGGUCGAGUUAUUUUUAAAAAUAAAUUCUAACUGAUCUGCUAUUAAAUUGAAUUCGUGUAUUCAUUAGUCUGUACUUACACAGAAAGAGCAGUGAGAGGAGAGCUGUGAUGAAGAAGAUGGGUUGUUUUUUCUUAACGUUGGAAGGUAACAAGCCAGAGAAGAAUUAGUACUUCCUGAAGACCCAUUCUGUAUAUUUUUAAGAUCAGGGUGCAGUGUAUGCAUAACUAGAAGUAAAGAAGUUGGGGAUCGUGUCAGUUCUCAUGGCUGAAAAUACACAGACAGAUAAUCUUGUUAUUAAACUUGUAGGAAAAUCCCAGUCUUCAUUCUGUAAAGCAAGCAGUGCUAUCUGGUACAAAACCCAUCUUCAUCACACCGUACAGUGUUAACAAGGACCGUAUACAAGUAAACUCAGUAGUCCUGUUAUAAAAGGAAAUGUUUUGCUAUUGCAUUAAAGAUGCCAUUAUUUUUUAAAUGUAAACAAGCAUAAAAGCAUGUCUCAGGCAUUUUCUUUGUUGUAUAAUUAGAAGCCUUAUUUAGCUGCAGUCUCUCAUGUGACGCAGUAUAAACCAAACUAGGUCAUAAUAAAUCUGUUGAAAGAGGCACUGCACUCCUUUCAUACUGUGAAUUUCUUGGUAUUUUUCUGUGCACUGAAAAUCUGUUGGUCAGGUGGAUGAAUCAGCAUGGCUUGCAACUUUACUGCACAGAAUCACAUUUCUCCACUAGAGAGCACAAUUUGCCAUCGAGUCUAUUCUGUUACUGCUCAAUACAAGUUAUUAUGCCAGUGUGGAGUGGGUUUUUUUGUUGUUUAUUUUAUUUCAGUCAAGUUAAAAUGUAAAAGAAAAAAAGAAUGAGUGACACCAAGGGAUCAAACUUGUUGAUCUGUCUUGUGAUUAAGUUACACCAACAAUGCAAAGUGGCAUUGAAAGGCUGCUGUGACUCAAUGGCAUUUUUAUCAUUUCUUUUUCAUACUCAGAAAUAAAGUAACACGUGAGUGGAGCAGGAUUAAAUCUUUCACAUGAAGUCUGUCAGAGUCUCAGCACUGUAUCUGCCUUCUUUAAAAAAAAAAAAAAAGUGGAGGAGAGCUGUGAUUUCAAAUACUGUCUGUCCAUCUUGUGACGUCCCUGCUGGGCUUUACCGACAAUUCCAUGCUGUUGACUAAGCUUGCAGUCAAUUUUUAGAAAAGGUAUUUUGCUUUUCUAUGACCUAAUAUGUCCUUUUAUCUCUUGCUGUGGCCUUAUAAAAAUUGCAUGGCAUUACUCUACAUUCCAAGUUAUCCCGUAAUAUGGCAACUUGCAACCCAUGCAGUAGGGCUAUUGCUUUGUAUGGCUUUGCCAUAUUGGACUUCCACGUGGUUCUGUAGCUUCCAGUCUGCACAGACAAGAAUUGCUUACUGUACCAGCAAAAAUAAGCAAAAUUUAGCAAUAUGAAAUUCCAUGGAGGCAUGGUUGUGAAAUUUAUUACAUGCUACUAAGUACAGUAACAUUACAAGAAAUGACACCCGCCACUUGAAGAUGAUUGCGUGGCUGCUUGAUUGUCUUUGGAUGUACUUUGUUAUCAGCACUGUGACACUGCCAUAAAAACUUAACAGUGAAUGAUAAGAAUGCUUUGUCUGCCUCUUAUAACUGCUGUGGAGAGAUGAGGUGAACAGGGGGAAGAAACAGGGUUGUGUUACAGGUGUGUCAAUAAGAUGUCCUCUGGUGAGUGGGCUCCUGUAAGGCUUUCAGAUGCUUUGUGUUUCUUAAAGCACUAUGUUGUAAAAUCAUUAAGGUGCAGUUAGGCAGUUGGAUAAUACGAGGUAGGAAGCUAGAUCUUCCUUCCUAGUGUUUCUUUGUAUUUUCUCAAGAGAGCAAACUCUUCAGAGGGGCUGGUUAAAAGGAAUACUGGCUGUGCGCUGACUUGCACAGUUUACUAGAUUGUGCUUCUAGUUUGAGUCGUGAUGGUUGGCUUUCAGUUCUGAAAUUCCUAAGACAGAAAGGGAAGAGAGAACAGCAAAGGUGUGGAGUCCUGAAAUAAAAACUGGUUCUUUAUGCUGCAGAUUGGCAGCAAGGCAGAAAAUGAAGACUAACCAUAAAUAGAACAAUGUUUUUAGAAAAGUAAGGCUGCUUGGAAUAAAUCACUUAUAAUACACAUAUUUUAAAAAAGGGGAGACUUUGCACUUUAACUCCUUGCAGUUGUUGUACCACUCUUACUGUGUAUCUUUUUAUGUUAAAAUAUGGGCUAGCUGAGUAGAUUUUAGACUCAGAGUGGCAUUUAAUGAUUGAAAUUCACAAUUUUAGAUGCUUCUGUCUAUACCCAAAGUUCCUGUGCACCUAAGGGACUCUGGGUCUACAGGCAAACUACACAGUAAUGGCAUGUAAGGCCAAGCACGGCCUGGCGCAUAAGGCCCAGGCUGUUUCUAUGGGUGGUUUCCCUCUUUCAUACUCAUGUGGUCACAAUGUGUAUAUAUAAGAAGUUUCCCAGUACCAUGCAGAAUGUGAUCUUUCUAGGAACGGGCCUGUUGGAGUAUUGUUUCUUCAACAGAGCCUUAAGGUAGGGACUUAUCACAACAUGCAGCUCUGAGCCAAUGUUGUGUUUUGCUACACGAAAAAAUAAAGUCUCUUUGUUUAUUGCUUAGUUCCUUAUAUUCUAGAGAAGGAAGUGGGAGAGGCAAGUACAGGAACCACAGAAAAAAUGAGACAGACAAGGGAAGCAGAUUUAGAAGCCCUGGAGAAAUGCUCUGGUGUAUGUAUAUGAGGAAUGAGCAGAGAGCAGAACGUGUGCAUGUUAACGUUCAUUUCAUAUCACGCACAGGACAGCUUUCUUAAUAUCAAUGUGGAAAAUUGGUAAGGUGUGUACAAUUAGUAUAUGGAGGAAAUUGGGCACUUAAAUGCAUGACUAAGCUGGGACUUUAUACCCUUCACUUGCACUGUUUAAUGUGAUGCUGACUGCCAAUGCCACGUCAGUGGAUUUUGGUAUGCCCUUUCUGCAGUGUCUUCAGAUUGUAUGGAGAUCCCCCAAAUGCUAGCUCUAUGUUCAGCAGUUGCUGACUGAUGGCAUGUAUGAGUUUGAAAGACAAGGCAACAUUUUUUUUCUGACAAAUGUAAGGUUGCAGCUGUUGUAACAGCUGAGGGAGAAUGCUGAGGCCUGAUGCACCCACCACAGCCUCCAUCAACACCAAGCAACGAAAACUUAGAGUUAAAAUGGUGGUGCUAAAGUGUAUUUGGCUUCAGUUCACAGUGCUGCCAAAACCUUAGGGAAAUUAACUGGAUCAAUCUGGUGCUCACUCUGGAAGAGUGUGGACAGGUUGGAGCUGAAAGAUGAUGGAGAUUUCCUCCUGUCUGAGGGGGUCUGAGUGAUUUUCUGCACUCACUGCAGACUGAGAUACCAGGAGGUAACCUGCAACAGCUUUCCAGCCAGACCUUUGCUCCUGAUGCUAUGCAAAGAAAGGAAGCAUGAAAGAAACCAGCAGGAGCACUUCUGAGUAGGGAGGGGCAUUACCACUGUGUGUUCUUGUGCCAAAAGAGCACACAGCGUGAGGUGCUUAUACUGAACUAGGACUGCUGUCUUCUCCUGGGAGCUUACAGCUGAGCAAAAUCAUGUUAUAAUUAAGACUUGUGCCCUUUCAGGAAGUCUGGGGUGUCCUGGUAUUCUUAGGGCUCUGUAUCACCUCAACUCAGUGCUAAUGAACUUGUUAAGCAUUGCAGUAUGGCUACUGAACACCUUGUUCUGUUUUUGUACACCCUGUAACAUGACCGAAAUCCUGAAAUGUGAUCCAGAAAUGCAGUUCAAAUGGGAAGAAGUUUUCUUAAUCUAGUUUCAAUGUGGUUAAGAUGGGCAAGGUGGGCAAGAACACCAAUUUUCAGCUCCAGGUCAUCAUCUGAAUUGUGAAUUCAAAGGUGAAUGGAGACUAUACAGAUAAUGAGUAAUUAACCUCUUCAUAGUGAGCUGUCUGAAACAAAGUGUUUGUAGACCAAUCAAAACAAUCCCAUUUUCUGCACAUAUGAAUCCAUUAAAAAUAAUAUCUGUAAGGUUGAAAGUCAAGUCUCAACAAGGGCUAAAGCAGCAAAUUAAUAGUGAAAGUAAUAUGAUUUUUAAUGCAGUUAUCCAUGUUUACCCUCACAGUCUCUACCAUCAAGGAAUAUUAAAACCUGACUCAAUACCUUUGAGAGUAUGACACAAACUUGAAAAUGUAAUUCAGAAGUAAGGCUUACAGUGCUUCCUUAAUGCAUGCUAAUGUGACCUUGCUGCAUAAUGGCAUGUGAGGAAGGCUUUCCCUAGUUUCUCUUAACUUCUUUAAACAUUACCUUUGAAAAUCCCAUUUGAAUUGGCUGUUCUCUCUGCUGUAUAAUGUCCAGCAAACUAAGGCACCUCUUGAUUGUGUAGAUUAACGUUAUCUGAUGCUCAGAUAAGCCUGUUAGCACAUGGGGAGAAGUUGAUAGAUGUGUGUUUGAAUGAAUAAAUAAUCCUUAACUGCCAGUAUUACUGUGUGUUGGAUCAUUUUCUUGAGGGGAGAUAGAAGAACGUCAGGCUGUUGCCAUGUGGGUAUGUCUCUCAGAGAUGGCAUCUUUCAGAAACAAUGUUCCCUGUGUCACUUUAAUCAAAAGGUUUCACUGUGAAAGAGACAAGAGUUUCUAGGGUGGUAGAAUUUACUUUGGUUAAACCACUUCCUUUUUCAUGUCACCUGCUUUAUUUUGCCCUAUUACUCUGCCCUCUACUUAAUUUUCCUAUGAAUAUAUUUACAUUGAGUGUUUGAGUCACUGUUCUCUCUUAGUUCUUAGAAAUUAACACAUUAAAAAUUCCUCAAUCCUUUUGAAGCUUGUGUGUUAAUUAACCCCGAAUCUCUGCAUUACUGAUUUCUGUAUGAAAUAACUGUUCAGCUUGAAGAGUCUAGUCUCUUAAUUACAAUGUUAGUCCUCUAAAAAUCAUGCAUUUUAUUUUCUUUUGAAUGUUUGAUGCUGAUAGCCACCCUUGCAAGCUACCUACCUAACGAGGCAACAAUCUUCUGUUUACAGUUUUUCACUCAAAAUUAGUGGAUAGUAAUUCAAAGAUAACAGAAAAACAGAUUGAAAUGGAUAGAGAGAUAUAGGAAAAGAAACACAAAAGACAAGUUGGUUGGGAUAAGCUUAUUUAAAAGCUAAGCUGAUAUGCAUGAAAAAAAGUACCCCAUAAAGUAGUUCCUAGUGCAAUUGGAGAAUCAGGAGAAUGGCACUGGAAUGGAAAAUGCUUCACAUGCGUUUCCUAAUGCGCAAAAUAGUUUGUGUUUAGAAGUGUGUGCAUGUUGUGAAAUACAGGCAGAUGGAAGGAAGGGAUAAUUUCAUAAUCUCUUCAAAAAGGAUUUCAGUAUAUGCAUAUUAUUAUUCAAACAAUUUAUUUUCUGUGCUAAUGGCUAUUUAGCUUAGUUUCUGCUUUCAAACGAAUGUCCUCAAAGCCUGCUUUAAACGUGUGUGUUCCUAAAGCUUUGAAAUGCUUUAGGAAUGCCUGAGUCAUUACAGGUUUUAUUUCAUGUUGAUGUUUGGGUUAGGGAAGGGGUUUUUCUGAGAGAGUUGUUUCUGUUAUUUUCUUUGAUGGAUGUAAUUAUGGCAGUUCCGGAAGGAUGCAAUUCUUGGGAUGGUUUGUUGGUAUCUUAUGCUGCUUAGGUAGAAGCUAUGGGUAGGAG